CUUCUACCGCUGCCAUUCCUUUUUGGUGUGUAGAGGAAGGUGGAAGGACGGGAAGAAAGAUACGAAAGGGUGAAGGCAUGAAAGGUCUGGCAUCCGCGCCUGGAGAUUAUGUCUACUUCAAGUCGCAAGUUCCCCUCCACAAGAUAUCUAUCGGAUCCAAACAAUGGAGAUACUAUGACUUCGGUCCAAAAUCUGUGCCUCCUCUUAUCUGCCUCCCUGGCAUUGCUGGAACUGCUGAUGUUUACUAUAAGCAGAUCAUGUCAUUGUCCCUGAAGGGAUACCGAGUUAUUUCACUUGAUUUACCACGUGUUUGGAACCAUCUCGAGUGGGUUCAUGCAUUUGAGAAGUUCUUAGAUACAAUUAAUGUUCAUCAUGUACAUCUUUAUGGCACAUCCCUAGGUGGUUUUUUAGCUCAAAUUUUUGCUCAGUAUCGACCUAGACGGGUUAAAUCACUUGUUCUUUCUAAUACGUUUUUGAACACUGAAAAGUUUUCUGCUUCCAUGCCUUGGUCUCCUGUUGUUGGUUGGACCCCUUCUUUUUUGCUGAAGCGAUACAUCUUAACAGGAAUUCGUGAUGGUCCACAAGAACCAUUUAUAGCAGAUUCAGUGGAUUUUGUUGUUGGGCAGGUCGAAACAUUGUCCAGAGAUGACCUGUCCUCACGGUUAACAUUGAAUGCAGCUGCUGCAUCUGUUGGUCCUCUAUUGCUGUCAGAUUCUCUUGUGACCAUUAUGGAUACAAACGAUUAUUGUGCUAUUCCCCAAUCACUAAAAGAUCAAGUCAAUGAAAGAUAUCCUGGUGCAAGAAGAGCUAUAAUGAAAUCUGGAGGCGAUUUCCCCUUUCUUUCUCGUCCGGAUGAGGUUAACCUAUACCUUCAGCAGCUACAUCUGAGACGUGUUGGAGUAGAAGCAAAGCAGGACCAAAUCUCUGGCACUUCAAAAGAUGGCAAUGCAGGGAGUCUGUAUGAAGAUAGACAUGCCGAGCACGACGAUAAUCCCCAGGAAGGCCAUGGAAGCUCUGGAUCGCAUUUUGAGAGCCAUGAGCCACAAUCGUCGAACGGUGCUGAGGGGUCUCAUGAUAAUAAUGGAAGUGAGAAUGAUAAUGGUCCCCCAAAAGAUCAAGUAAGCUUUGAUUCACCAGAAUCUGCUCAUGAUCCCCAGGCCUCAGGAUCUGAGACCUGUAUUUUGAAUGAGCAGCUCCUUACCUUUAUUAGCAUCAGUGCCAUGGCUUCAGGUAUGAUCCUUCUUCUUCCUGAACAAGCCUUACUACCUAUCCAUUUCAUGAGCCAGUUGAACUUAGGAGCAUUAUACACUGCAAAGACAUGGAAAGUUUAGAAAUCUACUGUAAAAUACCAAUUUCAUGUCACAGUUACAGUGCUGAUUUGCUUUCUUGGAAGAUUUAUUGAUUUCCUUGUCACAGUUGGGUUUGGAGUGUCAAAUCUUUUGGUUUUUUAAGCUUGGGGGAAUUGCCAGUUUGUUGUAUUUGUCAAAUUAUUGUUCUUUGUUUAAAUGGAGGAGGGUUGUGUGGGAAUUGUCAGUUUUGUUUUAUUCACUGUACUUUCUAUUUGCCUUUUUCUUCUUAAUUCAUUGAAUAAUGUUGGAGUAGUCUGAUAUAAUUUCUACUCCAUUGCAUCUAAA